AUGGGAAAUUGUACUCUUAAAUCAACAGAAUCAGAAGAUUAAACAGGUAUUAUUAUUUACAUAUUUUAGUCAUUUCUAUCUCUAAUUUCACAUAGAAGAAUGUUAUAGGCAAAGGAGGUUUUGGAAAGGUAAGAUUAUAGAAAAUAAUAAAGAAAAUUAGGUCUGGAUGGUUGAGAACAAAAAGUCAAAAAGUUUAUACGCUAUGAAAAUUAUGUCAAAAGCAAAGUAAAUUAUCAUACAAUUUCAAUUAGGAUCAUUGCAAAGAAAAGUGUCUAAUCAGUAAUGAAUGAAUUAUAACUACUUAGUUAAUUGAAACACAAGUAUUUCAAACUAUUUUAAAUAGCUUCAUUAUUAAUAUGUAAGCAGCAUUCUAAGAUCGAGAUAAUCUCUAUUUAGUCAUGGAUUUAUUGACAGGUGGAGAUCUGAGAUACCAUCUUUGUAAAUAGAGGAAAUUUACUGAAGAGCAAACUAGUACUCAAAAAUAAACAAAAUAGAAUUCUUUGUGGUUUGUAUAAUCGUCUCUUUGGAAUAUUUACAUGUUAAUGGAAUUCUUCAUCGGGAUGUGAAACCAGAAAAUUUA